UGCUUUGUUUACAUGGCAGUGUGAGGGACUUGCUGGUGUCACAUUCUCUCAUAAAAAGUGACCUCACACGCCACAUACACAUACUACAUAGCUGUGACCCCUCAUGUGCACGUGAUAUAACACCUGCGACCACCACAUGUACAUAUAUUAAGGGAAUAAUUACGUUUUUUUCUGGAAACAAGAGAUAAUUAACCGCCAAGCUGGGGAGUAUAAUGAUGCAUGCCUCGGUGGAUGGAGACUUUGAGGCUGAUGAAUCUCAGUGUCUGCUGUCUGAUACAGACACGGAUACACGUACAUUUACAAUGUCGAAUACGCACCGAUUGUGCUGUCUCUCUUUCUGCAUACGCAACUUUUUUGCCAGGUUAUGUGAAAGCAUGGUGAGCUGCUGCAUGCGUGGUCGUCAACUUGCAGCCAGAUCGGUUAGAAUUGGUCACCCAACAUCGGAGAAGUUCCCCCCAAAUGUCAUCCGUAACCAGAAAUUUAAUUUUUUUACCUUUAUUCCUAUGGUUCUUUUUGAACAAUUCAAGCUCUUCUUGAAUUUGUAUUUUCUUGUGAUGGCCACCUCUCAGUUUAUUCCAGAACUUCGCAUUGGAUAUCUGUACACAUACUGGGGUCCAUUGGGUUUUGUUAUUCUGGUAACAAUGACUCGUGAAGCUGUAGAUGACGUGCGGAGACGGCAGCGGGACAAGGAAGUGAAUCAGCAAAAAUACAAGAAGAUGACCCCACACGGAGGACAAAGAACAGUCACCAGUGCAAAUAUUAAAGUCGGAGACUUGAUAUUUGUUGAGAAAGACCAGCGUGUACCCGCUGACAUGGUCUUCUUACGGACUACCGAGACCAGUGGCACGUGUUUCAUCCGCACAGACCAGCUGGAUGGAGAAACAGACUGGAAGCUGCGUCUGGCUGUCCCUGUUACACAAAAGCUGGACACUAAUGAAGAGCUGUUUCAAAUGGAUGCCACUGUAUAUGCUGAGAAGCCCCAGAAAGAUAUAUAUAACUUCAUUGGUACUUUUACUAAGCAUGAUACAGACACUGAAGAGGCACUGACGGUAGAGAACACUGUGUGGGCUGGCACAGUGGUAGCCUCUGGGAGGCUGCUAGGACUGGUGGUUUACACUGGAGCAGAGACUCGGUCCGUCAUGAACAAUGCUGCCCCCAGGUCAAAGGUCGGCUUGCUCGACUUAGAAAUCAAUAAUCUCACAAAGCUUCUGUUUGUGGCAGUAUUGGGCUUGACUGUUGUGAUGAUGUGCCUGAAAGGUUUUGGUGGGCCUUGGUAUCGUUACUUCUUUCGGUUUAUGCUUCUCUUCUCAUACAUUAUACCAAUCAGUUUGCGAGUGAAUUUAGAUGUAGGAAAGGCCUUUUAUUCCUGGGAGAUUCAGCGGGACCAAGAGAUGCAAGGGACUGUGGUACGUUCAACGACCAUUCCCGAGGAGCUGGGACGUAUCACCUACCUACUCACCGACAAGACGGGUACUCUCACGCAAAAUGAGAUGGUGUUUAAAAUUCUUCAUCUUGGAACUGUGGCGUAUGGGACGGACACAUUUGAUGAGGUCUUAGCUCAUGUGAAAACGUUCUUCUGCAAAGACGUCAGUAGCACGCGAACAUCUACCCCUACACGCAUGAGAAAAACUGUGGUGACUCGUGUGGGGGAGGCCGUAAAGGCACUUGCACUGUGCCAUAACGUAACCCCAGUAUAUGAGGCAGAUGUAAACUUAGCCACUGAGGAAACAGAAGACAUUCAGGUUAUGCACAGUGCUGUGUAUCAGGCAUCCAGCCCUGACGAGGUUUCUCUGGUACGGUGGACAGAGUGUGUCGGCCUACCCUUGGUGCAUCGGGACCUGACCACCCUGACCCUGCGCACACCAGCUGGUAAAAGCCUCACUUAUACUGUCCUCCAGAUCUUUCCUUUUACUUCUGAAACAAAAAGAAUGGGUAUCAUUGUGAAGGAGGAAUCAACAGGAGAAAUAGUUCUCUACAUGAAGGGAGCAGACACAGUGAUGUCGUCCAUGGUAGAAUAUAAUGACUGGCUGGAAGAAGAGUGUAUAAACUUAGCUCAGAAGGGUCUUCGUACUUUAGUUGUGGCUCGCAAGGUCCUGACAGCAGAACAGUACACGCAUUUUGAGCAACGAUAUACAGCAGCCAAGUUAAGUGUAACAGAGAGAGGAAGUCGUGUAGCAGCAGUUGUGGAGAGUCUGGAGUGUGACCUUGAACUCUUGUGCCUUACUGGAGUCGAGGAUAAACUGCAAACCAAUGUUAAACAAACUCUUGAGCUGUUGAGAAAUGCUGGGAUUAAGAUAUGGAUGUUAACUGGAGAUAAACUAGAAACUGCUACUUGCAUUGCAAAGAGUUCUCGUCUUGUAUCACCCAACCAGGGCCUCCACGUCAUGGGUAAUGUGUCAACGCGGAGAGAAGCUCAUUUGGAACUGAAUGCCCUCAGAAGAAAGAGCGAUUCAGCUCUUAUUAUUAAAAAAGCAGCCGUGGUUCGCCUUAUACAGAGACACACGCAAAAGCGGGCAGCUGCCGUAGGAGAUGGUGGCAAUGACGUCUCCAUGAUUCAGGCUGCAGAUGCUGGUAUUGGUAUAGUUGGCAAGGAAGGAAAACAGGCAUCCUUAGCAGCAGACUUCAGCAUUGAACAGUUCCAGCACAUCGCUAGACUCUGUCUAGUACACGGUCGUAACUCGUACAAGCGCUCGGCGGCACUCUCUCAGUUUGUGAUGCACCGAGGCCUAAUCAUAUCCACCAUUCAAGCAAUAUUUUCUUCCAUCUUCUAUUUUUCCAGUGUUGCUCUGUAUCAAGGAUUCCUCAUGGUUGGGUAUGCUACCUUCUACACCAACUUCCCUGUGUUCUCACUGGUCCUGGAUCAUGAUGUCUCUCCAAACAUAGCUCUCACCUACCCUGAGCUCUACAAGGAUCUCACAAAAGGAAGAUCUUUAUCUUAUAAGACUUUCUUUGUAUGGGUGCUCAUUAGCAUUUAUCAGGGUGGAGUACUCAUGUAUGGUGCAAUGUUGCUGUUUGAGGACGAGUUGAUUCAUGUUGUGAGCAUCAGUUUCACUUCACUCAUCCUGACGGAGUUACUCAUGGUGGGUCUGACAGUGCGCACCUGGCAUCCCCUCAUGAUUGUCGCACAGUUUCUCUCACUCGGCUUCUAUGCCUUAUCAAUCAUCUUUAUGCAUUACUUUGACUGGGACUUUAUUAAAUCUAAGGAUUUCUUCUGGAAAGUUGUGGUCAUCACAUUAGUCUCCUGCCUACCACUCUACAUCUUGAAAUUCCUGCGUCGAAAAUUUACUCCACCGACGUAUUCCAAACUAGAAGAGCUCAAUACCUUUGGCAGUUCCAGCUUAACUCAGUCUCAGCCAUGAGGGCACCCUUAAAUUUACUGUGUAUGUUUAUUCUUUCCAAAGAUUUCAAAAUAUGUGAGAAAGAAAUCAACUUUUUACAAGCAGAUUUUGUCUUAGGAUGUACCCUCCUGUGGAUCUGUUAGAAAUAUUUCCAGCUCAGCAAAUUUACUAAACUAACAUUUGACUGAGAUACAGUUCGGAGUUGUGAAGUGAGUCAUUUUGAGAAUCCCAUCUUGUGAUAUUUGAAUUAAAGUAGUGAAUGUUGUACUACAUUUAAUCACUUUAUGUUUCAUAAAAGCUCUUCUGUGACUCUCUUAGUUCUAAUAACUGAAUUAGUACUUUAGUUUCACAUAUACCAGGAGGGUAAAGUUUUGGGGGUCAGUGCCCCCAUGGUCUGGUCCAUGACCAGGUCUUAUGAUAGUCAUAUAUUAGAAAUAUAUAUAUAAAAAAAGUGCAGUAUUAGAUUCUAAAUACUGAAUUUUUUCAUAUGAUAACCACAGUCAUAUAGGCUACACUUCUUUCAAAUUAUGCUUACAGAUCAAGCAAGCUGAAUGAUUUUUGUGUUUACUGUAAUGCCUUUCUAUAAUGUUGGAAUAAUAUGAGUGUGGAAAGUACUGUUUGAAUACCUUGUGCAUAAUUCUUGUUCACUUUGAUUAAUCGUUCCCAUCAGGUAACAAUAUUUUCCCAUAUCCCCACCAGGUAACAGUAUUUUCCCAUAUCCCCACCAGGUAACAGUAUUUUCCCAUAUCCCCACCAGGUAACAGUAUUUUCCCAUAUCCCCACCAGGUAACAGUAUUUUCCCAUAUUCCCACCAGUUACAGUAUUUUCCCAUAUUCCCACCAGGUAACAAUUUUUUCCCAUACCUAAAGUGGUAAAGACCUAACAGCAGAGCUGAAAUUAACUUACGAAUGAAGUUUUUCUCUUUGUAUGGGUUCUAAAUAAUAUUUACAGUCAUCAUUUGGGAAACAAAUGAGCAAGAUGUUGCAGGAAACAUGGGAAAUUUGGGUAAAGUUGAUUGAGCAGAAGAUGGAAACAAAGUAACAUAUCCCAGAAAACAAAUUGGAUUUUAAAAAGUUGAUAACACUUCAGUUCAUUGUGAAGAAAUAUUAAAUAGUGAGUGAUGAUAGUUCAAGACUGACUAAAAGAUAUAAUAUUUUCAUUUCUAGUUUGUGGGGUCAUUAUUUGUUCCAGUCAUGGUAUUGUGAAUUUUUAUUCAUAUUUCAGUAAAGUAUAUGUCCUUGAAGGAUUUCUACAUUCAUGGGCCAGAUAAUUAAAGAAAGAAACACUGUUACCUUCCUGGAGGGUGUUCCAGGGGUCAACAUCACUUACCUUCCUGGAGGGUGUUCCAGGGGUCAACAUCACUUACCUUCCUGGAGGGUGUUCCAGGGGUCAACAUCACUUACCUUCCUGGAGGGUGUUCUAGGGGUCAACAACACUGUUACCUUCCUGGAGGGUGUUCCAAGGGUCAACACCCCUGUGGCCUGGUCCUUGACCAGGCCUCCUGGUGGAUCAGGGCCUGAUCAACUAGGCUGUUACUGCUGGCCACAAGUAGUCCAGUGUACGAACCACAGCCCGGCUGAUCUUGAGCAAUCAAAGAAUAAUAAUUAUAUGUUUCUUAGCUAAACUGAUUUCAAAAUGUUUUACUAUUUGCUGUAGCUUCUCAUUAUCUAAUAUGAUUUGACUAAUGUGGUAAUGAUUGUAGGAAAUUACGGUUAUUAUAUUAAAUAGGAUUUAUUUAUUUGUAUUCUGCCACAUGCAGUUACCUUAACACAUGCAAUUACUGUAAUGUUUCCACCUUUCCUUUAGAGUGCAAGCACCCUGAAGUCUGACUAACUGGUUUCUCUGAAUCCUUUCAUAAAUUUUACCUUCCUCACACUCCAACAGCACAUCAAAUCAUAAAAAUCAGUUGCCUCCACUCACUCUUGUCUAACACACACAAACCUGUUGGAUGCCCAAGGACUAGCACUCAAAACCUCAUUUACACCCCCUCUUCCUUCCUUCAACAUUUCCUAGGACAGCCUCCUACCCUUCCUUCACUACACCCCGAUUUAUAUGCCAUCUUGGUCAUCUUAUUUUUCCCCAUCCUCUCUAAAUGUCCACCACCCCCUCUUAACCCUCUGAAUAAUAUUUUUUGGUGAUUCCACAACACCUAAUCUCCACACUUUGAAUUCUCUGCAUAAUAUUUACACCACACAUUGCCCUCAAAACACAACGUCUCUGCUGCCUCCAGCCUCCUUGCUGCAACAUUUAAAACUCAUGUUUCAUGCCCAUACAACAGUGUUGGUACAACUAUUACCUGGUAUAUUUACCUUUGUGCCUCUAAGGAUGAGGUUCUUUGCCUCCACCUGAUUUAGCAAAUUAUAUUUGCUGUUGAAACUAUGUAUUGAUUCAGCUUUUAUGUCAUUUCAUAGUCCAUUUCAUUACUAAAGUGUUUUUUAAUAUUUAUGUAAUUUAUUUUGAAGUUUAGCAUUCAUCUCUGUCCUUUCAUCCCAGACCCUCCAGAAACAAACAAGAAAAAUCUGUUAUUGUCCAUCCUGCUCAUUCUCCAGAAUAUAUUUUUAUUAUCAUGAUCAUUCCUCCUCUUGAUCUAUGUUUUCCAACAUUAUGAGAUGAUGCUAAUAGUCUCUCCUGGUUUUUAUUUAUAUACUCCUUUGUUUAUUUUACUCUCUUAGCUAAUGUUUUUUUUUAACACGCUGGACCUCUUUUACUGAGGCAGAGUGACUUGAAAAAGAAACACUUUCACCAUCCUUUACACUAUCACUGUCCUGCCAGAGGUGGACAGAUUUGACAGUUUCGAUGUCCCUUUAAACAUCGUAUAUCGCAGACCCCUCCUUUAGCCACAGUUAUAUUAUAAACUUCAUUCAGCUAGACCUAGUAGGGCCACAUUAAUUCCUUUCACACAUUUCCAGAUCAGCUAGCAACAGCAAUUACCAUGUAAGGUGUAACAAGAUAUUUUUGACAAAUUAUGAAACUUAAAAAGGUAUACAAGGUAUAUAAACAACACUAUUUUUCCCAUAUUUUCUUCAGUCUAUGUACUGCUGCCUCAUAAAGGUGAAAGUUUACAGGAGCCUGAUCCCUCACAUGCCUAGGUUAUCAUAUCUAUUUUUGAACCCCUGUGGAGUGUGAGCAAGAUAACAUUUCUGGAGGUCUACCUGGAGGGUAUUCCGGGGGUUAAUGACCCUAUGGCCCAGUCCUUGACCAGGCCUCCCGGUGGAUAAGGUAGUCAGGAAACUGAUUAACUGGACUCUAAUGCUGGAGGUAGGAAAUUCAGUACCUGCACUCUGGAGGAGGGGUGGGGAUGUUGCAGAUUAGAGGAUCAUUUGAAUCGUGAUGUCUGUGCAUUUUGAAAAAGACUGCAAUUGAACGAAUGACAGUGAAUGUGUUUUCUUCUUGUACUGAUCCUGCCUUGGUGGAAGAUAGCUGUUGAUAUAAAGAUAAAAUAUACUGUUUAUACAAAAAACAAAGAAUAAUAUGCUCAUUACUUUGUUGGUUACUGUAGGCUUAGAAUGUUUGAUGUGUUUUAUGAUUAUAAUGUAGACAUAUACCAUGUAUGUAGACUGUAUAUAAACAUAUUAAAUUUUUUAGGCCUUGUCAUAUAAAUAAGCAUAAGGCAGAAAAUAUAAGCUAGUUUUAUAAUUUUAUAUACUGUUGUAUAUUACAGUACUUGAUGAUCUGUCCCUGUUGCUUCUUUAUGUUCAGUGUUGAUAAUUAAGCAGUGCUCAGCAAUUUUAUUUGACUCAGCUCCCAGAGGAGAACUGCCCAGUUUGUUAAGGAUGACCUUAAAGUAACUUUAUGUAGCUUUAGGGCCAAGAUUUGCCUUUCUAAAGUAAUGCACACAUUUUUAGAUACAUGUAUUGUGAUGGCUUACACAAAGAGGCAGUGAACUAUUCAUCCUGUGCCUUGAAUUAGGUAGCAUAAAUCUGACAAUGUGUUAUUAGAGUACAGAAGGACCCUUGUUAAAUAAACGCUGCAAGUUACACACAUUCACACUUACGAACAGAGCAUUUUGGAUCCAGGUGCAGUUGCAGUACAAGCGUGUGAAACAGGACCAUACUCCCUUUGUAUUACUGUUAUUUUUUUUUUUUAGCCAACUGCAGAUGCUGCUAGCCAAUGAUCGCAUUGGAUACUUUGUCAAAGGCACACUUCCCCUAUGUGUUAAGAUUAAAUGUUAAAAUGAAUUGGCAAUUUCCAUGAAUUCUUCUGUAAUACAUCAUCAUUAAAUUAAAAAAAUGGAGCAUAUCAAAAGAACUGGAAAAGGAAACACUGGGUCAGCUGUUAGCCAACUGCAAAUGACACUUGCCAGUAAUAACAUUGGAUACAUUGGUGAAACAUUGCUUCCCCAUUCUUGAAAUUCUAAUUUUGUAAUGAAUUAGCAAUUUCCAUGUGAUCUUUUAUUUCAAAUUACAUUUUAAAUUACCCAUAUCUCAAUUAAUUAUUAGAAAAAAAAAAUGCUGUGUCUAUUGAUGGUUUAAGAGGCACAAUUGUCCUCAGAGAUUUGUUAAGUUAUACCACAAAUUAAAGAAAAAUCCUAGACUUCACCUUACGAAACAGACAAUGCAAAUGCAAUAGUAAUUUUGGACAAGGUAGAUUAUAGUGGAAAAAUGAAGAUGUUAUUGGAAAACAGAGGCUCUUACAUGCCCUUUAACACAGGUUUCGCUGCAUCACCCUCUCUAAUAUUGUAGUUUUGUGCUUUUUAUAUAUGUGUGCUUUCUACUCUCUCACUGCUGGAGUUGAAUAUGGUGUAGGAGAAGUGUGGGUGGUGUCAGAUGAUGUGUGACAGAGGCAGUAGCUCUCUCUCCCUCUCUCACAUCAUAUCUAAUAAAGUACUCUUUACAUAUGAGGGUUUAUGUACCAGGUUAUAUAAUGUGUGGGUGUGUAGUUUUUGAGGAUAAUUGUUUAAGAAGGUUAUAGCAAGAGAGAGUAGUGUGGAUGAGUGGAGUUUUGGUGUUCCAUAGUACCUCACCAGGUAACAUGUUCAGAACAUGGUAGCACCAGUGGCUAAAACAAACAAGCACAUGUAUGCAUGCACACACACACACACACAAAGGAUUUGAUACAUUAACUGCUUGAAGAAUCAUAGUCAGAAGAAUGGUACACAAUGGGAGUCUUAACAGCCAUUUUGAAAGGUAAUUUGGGGCCUGUAGAAAUUGUGAUUUAUUAGUAACUUUGUAUGGAUAUACUGUAUAUACUACUAUAUUUUUGGUUUAUUAUUUGCAACAGACCCUCGAUUUAAUGGACAAAAUUCACUUGGUUACUUGAUUCAGAAAAAACAGUCAGACAACCGAUUGUAAGAAUAACAGAAUUUUCUGUUAUUCUUACGAUCACGGUCAAACAGUUUCAUCUCUGUCCACCUCAGACACCAUUACCAGUCACCUUCCCCUUGUUAGUCCAUUAAAUCGAUGCUUUACCAUACCUGUCACUUGAUAAUUUUGUAUUUCUGUAGCUAAUUAUUUGCCCAUUUGAGUGCUUUAAUAUCAAGUUAAUUGCCAAAUAUUAUUCUGCUUUUGAGAAAUGUAUCAAAAGUUUGUGUAAAAUCAUCAGUCUAUAUAGUAUGAUACAAGAAUGUUAUUUAAAACAUUACAGCAGUAUUGGAGUUUGCAAAUUAUACUGUAAACUAGAAAUGAGAAAAUAUAUUUUAUUUUUAAUACACCAGUAAGUACAUGUUUAGGAUCAAGUGACAUGAAAGGAGGUCGCAUCUCCAUGUUAAGGCAAGAAGAAUGAGAGAUUACAGUUUGGGAUGAGUGAGGAGAGUGAGAGAUGAUAGUUUGGGAUGAGUGAGGAGAAAAAGAGAUGAUAGUUUUUGAUGAGGAGUGAGGAGAGUGAGAGAUGAUAGUUUGGGAUGAAGAGUGAGAGAUUAUAGUUUGGGAUGAGAAGUGAGAGAUGAUAGUUUGGGGUAAGGAGUGAGAGAUUAUUGCUUGGGAUAAGGAGUGAGGAGAGUGAGAGAUUAUAGUUUAGGAUGAGGAGCGAGGAGAACGAGAGAUAAUGGUUUGUAAUGAAGAGUGAGAGAUUAUAGUUUGGGAUGAGGAGUGAGGAUGAUAGUUUGGGGUGAGGAGAGUGAGAAAUUAUAGUUUGGGGUGAGGAGAGUGAGCAAUUAUAGUUUGGGAUGAGGAGUGAGGAGAGUGAGAUUAUAAUUUGGUAUGAGGAGUGAGGAGUAUGUCCUGCAGUUCCACCUGAAAUUCUUAUCAUGAUAAAACAUUUAACACUGAGUGUUUUUCCAUCAGAAAAAAUUUAGGGAUUUUUUUAAUCAAGCAUCAGAAAUGUAUUCUUAAGUAAUAUAUUACUUCAUUCUUUGACUGAAGGAAGAGUUGACUUCACUUCUUUCCUGCUUCAAAGGCUAUUCAUUCUGUUUUGCAUCAUGAUCCUGUAAGUGAAGGACUCUUGAUUCAAGGAAUUGAAGAUAUUUUCCUCUUUCUUGGCUCAAACAUGAUGUCUCCCAUACCCCAGACAUUGUUUGAGCCCUGUGAGUUUAGUGCUUCCCCAUAAACAUACAUUAACACUGUCCGCUGUGUGACAUUCUUGCUUAUCCUUCACUGUUCUUAUCUUUCAGUACAUUCUAUUACAAAUAAAAAAAAUGUCAGCCAAUCAUAAUCUUACAUUCAUUUAUAUUGCCAUUUUAUUAGCAUUGCUAAUUUCUAAGUUGACAAAAAUAAAAAGAACAUACGUAUCCUGGUCCCAAACUGUUAACCCUUUCAGGGUCCACAGGCCCUCUCAGAGACUUGUUCUCAGGGUCCCAUAAAUUUAAAAAAAAAAAAAAAAUUCUAAUGAAAAUAUGGAGAAUCUAUUCCCGAUCAUAAUGACACCAAAAGUAUGAAAUUUGAUGGGAAACCUACGGAAUUAUGCUCUCGCGAAGUUAGCAGUCUUCGACGAUGUUUACUCAUUGGCGAUUUUGCACACUUUGAGCCCUAUUUUCGGCUAAUUCCAGUGUGCUAGUCGACAAAAAUCAUAACUAUUUUGCUAGAACUUCAUUUUUUCUAUCGAAUGAGUGCAAGAAACCACCCAUUUACCGAUUUCAAUUAUCCAAUACAGUGGUCAGAAUUUAGCAAUUUUGCCAAUUUCACACAAAUUUCAAAAGAUGCCAAUUUCCAAAUAGGGUCCAGAAUAAUCAAGAAAGACAUUCCUGGCACUAAAAUAACAUUUCCUCUGUUCAUUAGUCACGUCCCCACGCCCCUCUUACAUUCUUUUGCUUUCCAUUUUGAAUUAUUAUUCUCACAAAAAAUAGAAGAUUUACUGUUAUGCAGACUACUGCAUUAGUGUAGAAAUGGUAUAAAUAAUAUUGGCGCACUUGUGAAAGAAUAUUAGACUCGCCAGUUGACGUGUAUUGGACGCUUAGCAUGAUUUGUUUACUUUUGAACUUUGGUAAAAAUCGAAUAUUUCUGCUACUUUGAGCUCAAUUUCAAGGUACUUUUCAUUGUAAAACCGGUCAAAAAUCAUCUCAAUUUCUGUAAUAUGUCUUCCAUUCUAUAAAAUGAGACCAGGAAAACUAGAAUACAACAAUAAAUACCAUACAAAAAUGCAGUGCAAAGUCGCUGUUUUAAUCCAAAAACACGGUCAAAGUUUUUUUUUUUCUCAUUACGCACUGUGUGCUGCAGGAUUUUUUUUUAUACUGCGCACACUGACCACAUAGACCCAUUCUUUCAUAUGUAGACCUACCAGCUUUCUCUCACUAGAUUUGAAGGUGCUAGAAUUUAUGAGUACUAGUACGUCAAAGACCCUGGCACGUAAGCCGUACUAGUACGGCCGAAACUCUGAAAGGGUUAAUUGCACGUGAAACUAUAAUACAAAAUUUGAGAAAAUGCUGUAAAUGUUAAGUUAUUUGCAAUUAUAUUCACAUUAUCAAUAUAACAGCAGCACAGUACGAUGCCCUAUGGAUUGAGCUCUUCCUUUGCAUUUUAAUAAAAAAUUAAUCAAGUAAAAAGAAUAAUUAAAGGAAAUACCUCUUGCCAUUUUUUUCAGUAUUCUAGUGUGCCUAGUUUGCUAGUCAGUGUUUCUAGUGAAAUGAUCAUUUGAGCAGCACUUUACAAUAUUGUUACUUUUUAUUUAUCAGGAAUUAUAAAAUCCCAAAUUAUUAUUAUUAUUAUUAUUAUUAUUAUUAAAUUAUUGUUAUUAUUAUUAUUAUUAUUAUAAAUUAUUAUUAUUAAAUUAUUAUUAUUAUUACCGAAUAAUGGUUAUUAAGAAGUAACAAUAUUGUUCAGCAGGUUCAUUCUUUGAUAGUUUUUAAAAGCUUUAAUUGUAUGAUUGUUAAAAUAAAUACUAAAUAAAUAUUAUAUUAUGUAUUUAUAUUUAUAUUAAAGUCUACUUUCAAUAUUUUGUGCCUAAUAUUUCAGUCUAUGCUAAAUAAUUUGAAGGAAAUAAUGCCAAUUUAGUUAUAACUUUUCCCAUAAAGUAUUGAUUCUUUCAAAAUACAUGAAUAUUAUUGAAACUUCUGGCUUUCUCUUAUUUUAUUAAUGCUAAAUUAACAUGGAAGGUUUCUUGGAGUCCAACAUGGAGCUAGGAGAUUUAUCACCAUGAACUGUGAUGUCAGCAUGCUUCUGGCAAGACAGUGAUUGAAUGAGUGAUGGUGAAAGCUUCUCUUCUUUUUUGGUUCGCAUUACCUUGGGGAGAAGAGAGUUGGUGUGUUUGAAAAAAAGAGGAAGAAGCUGUUUGUUGUUUUAUAUAUAAGCAGAGUUUUCCCUUGGGCAGUGGAAAACAGCAUGAUGUCCAGUGAUGAUAAAUUCCAGCUGCUUGGAUAUGGAAAGAAAGAUGAAUUCGUGAGGGACACUGUAUACAACACUCAAGAGGAUCAUGUAAUAUAACAAAGGGAAGAUAUGAAAGACCUGGGAGUGCUUAUUUACUGUUGCUAUCACUUCACUGAUAUGGUAGCGAGAUCAGGUAUCAUUCUGCUCGUGUAGCAAAACUUUAUCUUAUUUGCCUAUGCAAAGUUAGGAUCUUUUCUUGUUAUUGGAAGGAAGGUUUGCAUGGGACAGACUUUAUUUUGAAAUAUUAUUAAGCAUUUUUUUUUUCUUUAAUAAAAAAAAUGUACAGCACUAUAAAUGCAUUUUCUUAUUUCUGAUUUGUUUUGCCGUGGUUUUGAAAUUUUGAGGUAAUGUGUUCAUAGUCUCAGAAUUAUUGUUAUUGGCUUAGGAUAUUGUUGAUUUAUUCUGCUCUCUAUUUGGGAUGAUAUAUGUUGCUCACUUUAAAUAAAGUUUGUAGAUAUUUCCCCUCCUGAAUAAGAGAAACUUUUGUCCCCCAUUUAAAAGACUCACAUCAGUAGUAGUUUAUGUGCUGGAACGACAAGACAAAAAUGGCUGAAUUGUUCAUGAAUUUUUACAUUUUAUUUCCUGUAUAUUAAUAACAAUUUAAAAUACAACAUACAUUUGUGAAUAAUAUUAUUGGAAAAAAAAGAAGGCAUUGAGAGAGUGGAUGAAUGAUUAUUAAUUUUGAAACACUGUGCUGCCAAGACAAUGGUAGUGUUACAAGGUGAUUCAAGUGAAUCCUGUACUGUACAUGGAAUGACUGGAUCCCCAGGGAUCACUUCUCAAGUGAAUAUCCCAGUAAAACAAUAUAAAUAAGACUGCACACAAGGAGAGAAGACAGAGGCACUGUAAAAAUAUUGAAACAAGCAAAAACUCUAGAUGCAUACAAAUGGACAAGGUUUAUCAUGAAUCACUUGGCAUAAUACAGUACAGUACAAGAAGAGAUGUAUGGGAAAUGUAAGUUUGCAGAUUUUUUUUAUUACAAAUCAAAUUCAGGAUAUAAUUCUUAUUACAGAUUAGUUUCAGGAUGGGUUAGCAGAAAUAGGAUGGAUAGGAAGAAUGUGAGCAGGUAAAAUAAGAUUUUUUAAAUUAUAAUACAUAAUGUAGUAUUUUUAUCUUCACCAGGCUAGUUGUGUGCUUAUUUGAGUCAGGGGUUAUUUACAGUUCACAGGCCCCAAAGUAAAGAUUUUUGUAACUUAAUAAAAUAACCUCAAGUAGUAAAGAGCGUAUACAGGAGGGCCCCGUUAUACGUCAGGUUAGGUUCUGGGCUACUGAUGUAAAGUUAAAAUCAUUGUAAAGUGAAUCAGCUUUUUUUCACUUUAAAAUGCAUAUAAAAGCCUAAUAACAUGUUUAUGUUGUUAAAUAUUAAGUGUGCAAUAUAGCUAUGCCUAAAAAAUGCAUAUACAGUACACACAUUACUUAAAAAUAUUUUCAUCCUUAGCUUAUAGUUAGUGGUGAAUAUAUUUAUUGUAGGAAGUCUGAAUAAAUGAAGAAUGGACAUUAUUUAAAACCACUGUAUUAGUGAAUCACUAUAAAGCAAAGCACUGUAAAGCAGGGCCUGCCUGUAUAAACAUACAGUGGAACCUCGGUACUCGAACUGAAUUCAUUCCAGAAGGCUGUUCGAGUGCUGAACGGAUUUCUUUCUGCCAAUUUUUGUUUUGGUUGGCUGUUAUCACAUCUUCUUAGGCCCCCAGGUUACUUAUUUAUACAAAUAAUAUAAAAAAAACACCAAAAAAUGCAAAGAAACACAAAAUAGUUUACAAUGAAGUACUGGCAUGUCGUGUUUGGUCAAGUGUCGAGCAAACAAUUGACUACUGAGCAAUUUUUUUGCUUAACAAAACAUUUGAAUAUUGAAUUGUUCGAGUAGGGAGCUGUUUGAGUACUGAGGUACCCUGUAUACGUAUAUAGUUCUAUGCUAAUUUCAGUACUAUUGUGUUAGUUACACUGUCAUAUACCAUUUUGCUUUCCUGGUUAUAAUAACUUAAAUUACGUGGUGCCUGAUAUAACCAAUGUUUUAGGUCUGUUGAUACAGUCAUACACACAAGAUCAACACGACUUCUGGUGUAUAACACAAAGCAUCAAAUAAUUGCCGUGUCAGGCAUCUGCUGUGAUUGAUAUAUAUAUUCUAACUGGAUGUAAGAGGAAGUGUUUGUUGUGCGAAACUGUAUUUUUUGCUAAAUCAAUGAAUUGUAUGAAUUCUUCAAUAAAUAAUUGAUAUUU